UUUUAGAAGACUGGUGGAAAAGUGUGGCGGCAUUAAAGGAAGCAUUGAGAACACUACACUGAAAAUUAUCCGUGACGCAGGUGUUUUCCUGAAGAAAAGUUUUGAGUGGAGAGAAACUCGGCGGAGAGAGAUGCGUAAUAACGCAGACUGGAUCACUGGACACGGAGACACGCUGAGCCAUGGGAAGCGGCGUUAAUGGUUAUCUCACCUCAUCUGAUCAGAUUCGCGGCUGUUAAUGCUGUGAGAACAGGAUGAAGAGUCUUUUCCUUAGGUGCGUUUUUCUGUGGGCGAUGUUGGAGCGAAGCUACAUGCAAAUCACUGUACCUGCCACAGUGUUGAACUGCUGUGAAGGGGAUAUUCUCAUUCUGCUGGACUCCUCAGGAAGCAUAGCAAACUACGAGUACUUGCGCAUGUUGAACUUCGCCGCCGACCUGCUCCGCCCCUUUUCACUGGGCCGUGGGCACGUAAGAGUGGGGCUGCUGCAGGUGGGCACCAACCCUCACCUGGAGUUCAGUCUGGAUGUCCACAGCAAUCAAGAGAGUCUGCAGAAAGCACUGCAGAGGGUCAAGCAGCUGCAGGGAGACACCAACACUGAGGCGGCACUCAGGGUGGCCCAGCAGCUUCUGACAGAGAUGGACGAGAAUGUGCCAAAGGUGCUGCUGUGGCUGACUGAUGGAGUGCAGCCUGGAGACGUGGACAGGCCGAUGUCGGAGCUGAAGGCGCAGGGCGUCUCUGUGUUAGCUGUAUCCACAGUACAUGGCAACUACCAGGUGUUACGACGUGCAGUGACACCGCCCCUGGAGUCCCACCUGCAGUUUGUGGACAUAGAUAACAUCAACAUCAUCAUGAAGGACCUGAGGGAGGCCAUCAUCAAAAUUAUUGGUGCAGAACGACUGAGGGUGGUUCACUUGACUUCCCACAGUGCUGUGCUGGAGUGGCGUCCUGUUCUAAGUGCAGGCAGUGGUUACUAUGAACUCUGGUAUAACUCCGUUAGGAAAACCAUGUCUGAGAUCAGACGCGUUAUAUCCAGUGACUCUAGCAGGGCAGAGCUGACCGACCUGCAGCCUGACACCACCUACACAGCUUCCCUGCGCCCAGAGUCCAACCUGGGGUUGUUUAUGACACUGUCCGUAGACUUCACCACACUUCCUGAGGUGUUAAGUCCAGCAGAGGUCUCCUUGUCAGAUUCUGGCCCUCAUCAGAUCCGUGUGAGCUGGGGUCCCCUGCAGCCAGCUCAGGUACAAAGGUACACAGUGGAAUACGGAGCUAUUCCAAGUGGACAUGUCCACACGGUGUCGUUACACAGCCAGAAAAACUCAACCUUACUGACAGGCCUGGAGCCGGGAACUCAGUAUCUGGUUACAGUCAGCGCUCUGCAUGUGGAUGGAAAAGAAAGAGCCAUGUCUGUGAGGGCAUGCACUCAGGAAGCUAUGGUUGCCUUGGCUGACCUUCAGCUGGCACCAGUGGAGCGACAGGAGGUGCAAGUAACAUGGCAGGCCUAUCAGGAAGGGUUGAAAGGCUACUGGGUCAGUUGGGAAAGAGAAAACUCACCCAGUUCAAAGUCCUCUGUCUCCUCCACCUACCUGCCUCCCACCACCCGUUCAACACGGCUAACGAACCUGGCACCGAGCAGCCGAGUGUGUGUGACCCCGGUCUACAGCUCAGGACGAGGAGAUGGGAUAUGCUGUACCGCCAGCACUCAGAGAGGUUCCAGCCAGUGGGGUUAACAACCAGAUAUUGUAAGAACUGGCCAUCUGGAGCAAACGAUGGGUGAAAUUGUGCAUUUUAAGUGCUUGAUGCACCAGAUACCUUGUGCAGGAUUUGUCACACAACAUCAGCAAUAGAUGAACAACAACCUACAUAAGGCAAUCUUUUAUUAUUAUAAAUAUCAACAAAUACACCGAUCAGGCACAACAUUAUGACCUUGUAUUUUGUAGCUCUUCCAUGUUCCUCCAAACCAGUUGCGACCCAUCAGAGAAUGGACAUGGGUCUUCUGAGGGUGUCCUGUGGUGUCUGGUAACAGAUGUUCUUAGUGGGGGCCUUUGGGACCUAUGGGUUGAGGGGAGGG